UCGGCCAUGGCGCACUCGGCGCCGCUCGGCCUCCUGGAGCAGGGCUGCCCCAUCCAAGUGGAGCACGAUCGGAAGCGAAGGCAGUUUACCGUGCGGCUGAACGGUUGCCACGACAAGGCAGUGCUGCUCUAUGAGUACGUGGGGAAGCGCAUCGUGGACCUGCAGCACACGGAGGUGCCGGACGCCUACCGAGGCAGAGGAAUAGCCAAGCACCUUGCAAAGGCAGCCCUGGACUUCGUGGUGCAGGAGGACCUGAAGGCUCACUUGACUUGCUGGUACAUCCAGAAGUACGUCAAGGAGAACCCUCUGCCCCAGUACCUGGAACAUUUGCAGCCUUAAAGCAGGACUGCCCUGGCACCAGCACCCCUGCCCCGACUGUUCGACGCGGCCUUCGCUUCUCUGCCGUCUCAGGAAAGCCUUCUCCCACGCUCACAGUCCCCUGGGGUGUGGCUUUUGUCCUC